UGUCUCUUGCUGGAUAUGUAUUCCUUUUUGUUCUUUCCUCUUAAAGAAAUCUCUCUAUGUGCAACGUGUCUUGGGGGGAGGUGGUUAGGAGGGAGGGGGCAGAUGUGAGGAACUGUCAGACUUGCACGUUUCCAAUCGCAUUACGUGAACAAAUAGCAUAGGAGCAGCCCUGCCAAGAAACGCUUGUGUAACUUUGCAAAUGUGCCAGAAAGUUUAAAAUCUCGCAUCUCUCCUCCUUCUUUCACUCCAGACACCAGCAAAAGCAGGACGACGACGAUGAGAGGCCGCCCGCUCGCUAUUGCUUCUGCUCUUCUCCCCAUCCUUCUUCCAUAAACACUGGGAAAGGGGGGGAACGGCAACGCUUUUCGUGUCUGUGGACAUUAAAGGAGAAAGAUGCAUUUCCCUUCACCCGCAGUUACCCUUGUUCGGUUGCAUCUGUGCGUACACUUGGGCUGCAUUUUGCAAGUGGUCUGCCAGCAGCCCAGACGAGACCCUCCUCCCCCAGCCGUAUGGAGGCAAAAGAUUCAGUGGGAGAACAACGGGCAGGUGUUCAGCCUGCUGAGUUUGGGGUCUGAGUACCAGCCUCCGCGCCGGAGGGACCCAGCCGCUGGCUCUGCCGCCGCCUCUUCAGCCUCCUCCUCGCUUCCUCAGUCGCAGGUCCUGCUGCUCAGAAACAACAGCACUUCUCCGCGCUCUCGUCCGCUGCCGUCUGUGGGCGCCCCGGUCCACGACAGCACGAACAGCAGGAGGCAGCCGGCAGCGCGUCACUGGUUCCAGGCUGGUUAUCAGCCGUCUGGGCAACGGCACCAGGGUGGACCGUCGGCGUCCACCUCGCCCGCUGACGCCACCACCACCACCAGCAGCCCCGGGGGCCGAACGCGGGGCUCCAGCCCUGCGGUCCAGGACCGCCACCAGACCCCAGCGGGUAGCCGCCCCACCCUAAGCAACCUCAGAGCUCCUAGUCGAGUGGAUGGCAUGGUGGGCGAUGACCCCUACAACCCCUACAAGUACUCAGACGACAACCCCUAUUACAACUACUAUGACACUUACGAAAGACCACGUCCGGGAAGCAGGCAGAGACCUGGCUAUGGGACUGGAUACUUCCAGUAUGGUCUCCCAGACCUGGUGCCAGAUCCCUACUACAUUCAGGCGUCCACGUACGUGCAGAGGAUGUCCAUGUACAACUUGAGAUGUGCUGCGGAGGAAAACUGCCUUGCCAGUUCAGCAUAUAGGUCAGAUGUCAGAGAUUAUGAUAACCGAGUGCUGCUAAGAUUUCCCCAACGAGUGAAAAAUCAAGGGACUUCAGAUUUUUUACCAAGCCGCCCAAGAUAUUCAUGGGAGUGGCACAGCUGCCACCAACAUUACCAUAGUAUGGAUGAAUUUAGCCACUAUGACUUACUUGAUGCCAGCACCCAGAGGAGAGUGGCUGAAGGCCAUAAAGCAAGUUUUUGCCUUGAAGAUACUUCCUGUGAUUAUGGAUAUUAUAGACGAUAUGCCUGUACAGCACACACACAAGGACUGAGCCCUGGUUGCUACGAUACCUAUAAUGCAGAUAUAGAUUGUCAGUGGAUUGAUAUUACAGAUGUAAAGCCUGGAAACUAUAUUCUGAAGGUCAGUGUAAAUCCCAGCUAUUUGGUGCCUGAGUCUGACUACUCAAACAAUAUUGUACGCUGUGACAUUCGAUAUACAGGACAUCAUGCGUAUGCCUCUGGUUGUACAAUUUCACCGUACUAAGAGAAAAACAAAAAGUAAAAUAAAAAAAAAUGGAUGAACCAGUGCCUGAUGUUUUGAACUGAAAAAAAAAAUAAUGAAAGAAAGAAAAGAAAAACAACCUAGAUUAACUUCAGUAGGAUGUAAAUGUUUGGGAAAGAACACAGAAAACAAAAAAGGAAUUAUCAUUUGGACUGCUUAAUAACAAAACAUAACUGGAUUUUGAGAUUGGGAAUAUUUAAAUUACACUUAUGAGAUAGGUGUGAUGAAUUAUGCAAAGUGUUUCAAAUCCCACAGUUAAGAUCAUUUGCUUUUUCUAAGAAACUUGCCUUGCAGUGCACUGGGAAUUGGGAAUGCAAGCCAGCAAAAUACUUGUUUCAUUGAACUAUUAUGAAUGAGCUGAAAUUGUUUUGUGCUCAAACAUUUUUAAUGUACUAAAUUACAACAAAAUAUAAUAGUGACCAAUUUGUAAAUACUAGCAAAAUUAAUUUGGAAAUGUUAAUCCUAUCAUUACUCCUACAAAUAAACAUGGAAAUAUUGGUGCUGAGGAAAGAAUACACAUUAUUGAUUUCAAGAAAUAUUAAUAUAUAGCAGAGAAGUGUCAGUGUAUGUAUUAAGAUAGUUACAUUCCUAUAUAAAAUUUUAUGUUUACAUUUUUAACAUUAGUAGAUAAACCCUUUUCUUUCUUCCAAUACAUAGCUCAGUUCUGACACAAAUCAGGUUUAGUUUUCAAAUGAAUUAAGGAACUGAACCACACAAUCCAAGUCCAAGAUUUUUUUAUGAUGCCUUGUCCAUUUCUUUGAUCUUGACUAUAGCUACAGACAUUCAAAAUUACAUUCUUAAAAUGACAAGUUAGGGGACAGUGUGAAUAGGCUACCAUACAAGUAAAAUACAAUUCUUGCAACGUGGGUAAUUUUCAAACUAAUAGAGGUUUAAAUAAAAUAUUAACAAAACUUACCAUCUCCAGGUCACAAGAAAAAAGUAGGUAGCCCAAAAUAUUACUGCAUAGCAAACAUAUUUUUUAAAUGAAAGGAAAACAUCUUUGUUGUCCCCAAUAUAUUUUUUUAACCUUUCAUACUUGAUAUUUUUUACACACGAGAAUCAUUAGCAUAUUUUAUUGUCGAAGAAACUAUUCAUAUCAGUAAGAUCUCAGAUUCUAUGAAAUAUAUACAACUACAAUUAAAAUAUUUUAAAUAUUAUACAGGAUAUAUGACUCACUAUGUCUAUGCAAUAAAGGAUCAUCAAAUUACGUCAGUAAGGAGCUAAUCAUUAAUAUUUUUUUCUGAAAAGUUUAGCCCAAAUCAGUACAUGAAUUAAUUAUUAGCAUAAGAAAGGAGACAAGGGGGGUAUUUUCUGUAAAGUGACAAGCUGUACUGUAUAAUAAGACAGCUGUGAUAUUACUUUUAAACUGUGAAAUAAUUUGCCACAAUAGAAUUUGGAUAGCUUCUGGUUUUUUUCCUGAAAAGCAGAAGAUGGAGUGUGAGUUAUCUACACUUGGUGGUGCUUAAACAGAAAUUAACAUAAAUUAAACAAUAUCAAAAAAUCUAAAUUAUGAUAUGCAUUUAAAUAUUUCCACAAGAUGUCACAUGGAAACGUGAAUUGAAAUCUCCAUGGUUUAUAAAACAAAAAGGUACAAUCAUCAAUAAUUAUUAAAUACCUGUUGUGUACAUGGUCCUAUAAAAGGUCCUAUCUUCCUGCUCUUUUUUUUUAAAUGAGGCAAUUGGGGUUAAGUGACUUGCCCAGGGUCACACAGCUAGUAAGUGUUAAGUGUCUGAGGCCGGAUUUGAACUCAGGUACUCCUGAUUCCAGGGCCGGUGUUCUAUCCACUGCGCCAACUAGCUGCCCCUAAAAGGUCCUAUCUUAAGAGAAUACAGUUUACAUUAUGCAUCAUGCCCUCCAAAUGCAAAUAUUUACCAGUAUUUAGUAGUAUACUGUGACACUGAAAUAGUCACAAAGCUUUUGAAGAAUCUGUAUCUGGGCUAUGGAAUUAUUUCUUUAAUUAUGAUCUUUUCUAGUAGAGAUGAUCUUAAAACACUUUUUUUUAACUACUGUCAGUAUUUUUACUGAGCCAGACUGGCAUCUAAAGAUAUAUAUAUAUAUAUCUUUUCAUGAAAAGCAUUAUGAUUUAGAGCUGAAAGGAGCCAGUAAGAAUCUAGUCAAUUUCAGUGAGAUCAUAGGUCCAUUUUCAUAUAUGUAUGUAUACAUAUAUAUAUGUAUAUAUAUAUGUAUAUGUAUAUAUAUAUAUAUGUGUAUAUAUAUAUAUAUAAACAUAACUAAUAUGUAAUUUUACAGAUAAGGAAAUUGGGACCCAAAGAGGUUGAGUGAUUUGCCCAAAGUCAAGAUUUGAACAUAAAUCCAAAUCCAGGCCUUUUCUCCAUAAACCUCUGCUUACUCACACACUUAUCCUUUAAAAACCUUGACUGUUUUUUGGACACAUAAAAAUCCAUCGACUAAGCCUAACUGUAUUCACUUCAUGUGAAAAAAUUUAUCACAAAAUGUAGCAAUGAUACAGGCCGAAACGACCAAGUUAACGGGCCCCUACUAUUGCAUUAUUACCACUUUCAGAGGAUCAAAUUACUGAAAGGGACCUUCAUUUUCCCGAUGAUGAACUGUGUUGAUAAAAUUUGUGUUAUGAAAAUCAUUGAAAAGUCAUGAAGGCUUGUGCUAUUAAUAUUUAUAAGCAUGUUCCCAAUACCUUAGAAAUGACUGCAUUUUAAAUUUAACAUGAAAGACUUUGAUUUUUUAAAAUAAAAAUUCAUUUACAUUAAGGGAGCCCCAUAUUAUCCUUUAUUCUAUAUUAACUCUCUCUUUCCCCUAGAAUGUCAUUUUUAAGCCCUGAAGAAAUAAUUUCAAGGAGUAAUCACCAAACCCCAAAUAAUAACAAUAUAGAUCACUGGUAACAGAUAUUAAUCAAUAAAGCUGUAGAUAAAUUGAAAAAUUAGUAGGAAGCAAAGGUGACAUAAAAAUAAAGGAACUGGGAAAAGUCUGGCUUCAAUAGUUAAGGACCAUGGGGAAAAAUAGGCCUUAGAACUCACCAUUUUUAUGUAUCAUCUAGUUUUAAAUAUCAUAUAUUCUUUCAGAUGGUGUGAUUAUACAAUGGAAUUUAAAAUUUCUUUACUGGUGAAUAAGAUUCAGACUCCCCUAACAUUACCAUCAUGUUUUAUUUUAAGCUAAUGCAUCAAAGAAAAUAUUUUAGAAGCUUAUAUUUUAUUAAAAUACAUCUUAUGAGAUCAUUUUAGUUGGCAUUAUUUUCAAAAAACGAAACUAUAAGAACUACGGUCUCAAAAAUAUUAAAAAUUUUUCCCUUACAAACUUAUCUGAGAGUUAUUCUAUAAAUAAUGUUCUCCAUUCAGAUUUGAGAGGAAAUGCAACCUAUUGAAAACAACUGUGUAAAGCUAAGCGAUUAACCAUAUGUCACUAAUCUUUAAAGGGUACAACUCCUUUCCUAAUGCUGCUGGAUCUUUUUUGACAACUAUAAAAUAAGGAUCUGACAAAACCUAACAUAUAUGGAAUACAAAAAAGCUUCAUUUUUAUUUUGUACCAAAGUUUAUUGUGUAUGUCAAGUGGCACAUAAUUUAGCUUCAAUCAAUCCCUUUCUGUCAAACUUUUUCUUUUCUUUUUUUUUUUUUUUGGAAGAAUUGUAUCUAUCCAAUCAAAAAAGCAAGUUUCAUUCCCAAGCCUCCAAAACUGGUCUGACUUGUUCUAUGCUAUAACUUGCAAUUAAGACAUGCCCAUAGAUGCUUCAGGUUUUAAAUGGUGCUAAAUUAUUUCAACUUGAAUGUAAACCAUAUGAUUCCAUGUUAAUGGGAAAUGAGCAUUUAAUGUUUAACUGCAACACUCAGUGAAAAGUCCCUUUACAAUGUUAUCUUUGUGGUAUCUCCCUCUUUAUUUAGGAAUUGUCUUUAAAAUUUUUAUAACUUUAUUUGAAGGGUUUUAUUUAAAAUAUUCUGAUGCAUUAUAUUCUUCAGUGCACUUUCAUAUGCUUUUCUUGUAUGUCUGUAUUAUGAUUGCAAAGUUUAUACAAAAUGACUUGAAUAAACAGUUUCAAGUGUUUGAAUUGUCCGAAUGCUUUGCUUAUGAAUAGAGAUUCUGAAUUUCAAAUUGGAUUAAAGUGUUUGCCUAGGUGAUUUCUUAUGAUUUAUUUAU